AUGGCGAGGAACUGGGUUGCACUGGUUCUGAUUUGUGUGGUUCUCUCCGGGGACUUUUCAUCCGCAUCAGCCAGUUCUCCUGCAAAAAUUGUAACUGGGGUUGUCUCCAAUGUGGUCUCUGCUCUUGUCAAAUGGCUUUGGUCACUCAAAUCCACCACCAAAACCGGCACAGCUGUUUCUGGCCGUUCGAUGGUGAAAUUUGAGGGUGACUAUACGGUGGAUACGGUGUUUGAUGGAAGUAAGCUUGGAAUUGAACCACACACAGUUGAAGUAUCCCCAAGUGGAGACCUUCUGGUGUUGGAUUCUGAAAAUAGCAACAUCUACAAGAUCUCAACGCCAUUGUCUCGGUAUAGCCGACCCAAGCUGAUUGCUGGAUCACCUGAAGGGUACUCUGGGCAUGUGGAUGGGAGGCCAAGAGAAGCAAGAAUGAACCACCCCAAAGGGCUGACUGUGGAUGACAGAGGAAAUAUUUAUGUUGCAGACACAAUGAAUAUGGUUAUCAGGAAGAUAAGUGAUGCCGGGGUCACGACAAUUGCUGGUGGAAAAUGGGGCAGAGGAGGUGGUCAUGUUGAUGGUCCAAGUGAAGAUGCAAAGUUUUCUAGUGAUUUUGACGUGGUAUACAUUGGCAGUAGCUGCUCUCUUUUGGUUAUAGACAGAGGAAACCAGGCAAUUCGAGAGAUCCAACUCCACUAUGAUGACUGUACUGACAGCUACGAUGGCAGUUUCCAUUUAGGAAUAGCAAUGCUGAUUGCAGCUGCCUUCUUUGGUUACAUGCUGGCAUUGCUGCAGCGUAGGGUGCAAGCAAUGUUUUCUUCAGAUGAGGAUCGAAGAACUCCUAUGAAGAGAGAUGCACCAAUGGCACCAUAUCAGAGGCCUCCUAAAUCUAUCAGGCCCCCUUUAAUUCCACCUGAAGAUGAACCAGAAAAACUAGAUGAUGGUUUCUUUGGUUCACUAGGGAAGAUUGCCGUUAACACUGGCUCAUCUGUGGCUGAAAUCUUGGGGGGGUUGUUUAUGGGAUUUAGAAGAAAGCCUAUGCAUUAUCAGAUUCAGCAGCAGUAUCAUCAAGCUAACAAACAUUCAAAUGCAUGGCCUAUGCAAGAGAGCUUUGUGAUUCCAGAUGAAGAUGAGCCGCCGUCAAUAGAAACCAGAAGCCCAACCCCAAAGAAAACCUACCCCUUCAUGACCAAAGACCUGGAGAAGUCCCACCAUUUGAAGCAAAGUCAAGCGUACUAUAAUUCAUGGGAUGGUGAAUAUCACCAACAGCAACAACAUCAGAUGCAGAUGCAGAUGCAGCAGCAGCAGCAGCAACAACAACAACAUCAGAUGCAGAUGCAGCAACAGGAACAACAUCAGAUGCAGAUGCAGCAGCAACACCGACAGCAGCAGCAUCACAGGCAAUACUCAUCAAGCCCGAAAACAUUCUACGAGAAGAGCAGCGAGACAAAUGAGAUUGUGUUUGGGGCAGUUCAAGAACAGGAUGGACGACGUGAAGCCGUGGUGAUAAAGGCUGUAGACUAUGGAGAUUCGAGAUACAGUCACCACAACAUUCGACCGCGCUUCAACUAUAUGGGUUAUAAUUCCUCUGGUUAUUGA